GAGAUACUAUAUAAGUCCUUUUCACAGGCUACCCUCAGAACAACCUCGGGAAUCAAAAGAAAAACUUGUUUUUAACAAGAAACAACCAAAGAAAAUACACACGAGAAGAGGAACGGAUUGUUGUAUUUUUUUAUUCUACAUUUAUUCAUUGUUACUGAUUUUUUUUAAUUUUCUCUCAGUUUAGUCAUUUUGGGAAAACCUCAAAGAAGCUAAGGAGAACAAAAGAACAUACAACUGUUUCAAGAAUAAAUCUACUUGUGUCUUAAAAUAAAGAAAACCUCACAAGUUGCUACAGGAACAGGUGACACAGACCACCCAGGGGUUUAUUUGCCUGUUCCACAGUCUAUCUACUUGUAUUUAACAUUUUGACGCCCGCCGCCCUCCUACUAUGGUGAUAAUGGAAGUCCCCAGCAUCGAUGCCAUGUCCCUCCGCGGGCUGCUGGAGGGGGAAGACCCGGGCUGUCUGGUCCUGGACUGCCGCUCAUUCUUCUCCUUCAACUCCUCUCAUAUCCCCGGGUCCACCAACGUCCGCUUCAGUACUAUAGUCCGCCGGAGGGCCAGAGGGGGGCUGGGGGUGGGACACAUUGUGCCCAACGAGGACACGCGGAACCGGCUCCUCUCCGGGGAGUAUCAGUCGGUAGUGUUUCUGGAUGAUCGGAGUUUGGACUUUGGCCAAGUGAAGAAGGACGGGACUCUAAUGCUCGCCGUAACAGCUCUGUGCCGAAACCCGUGUGGGACUAGUUUCUUCUUUCUCAAAGGUGGUUUUGACACGUUCUCCUCGGAGUAUCCAGAGAUGUGUACCAAGCCGUCAGCUCCACAGGGACUCAGUCUGCCCCUUAGCGCCCGUCCAGACAGCGCCGAGCCCGGCUGCGGUCCAUGCAGUACACCGCUCUAUGACCAGGGGGGUCCAGUGGAGAUCCUUCCCUUCCUCUACCUGGGCAGUGCCUACCAUGCCUCCAGAAAGGACAUGAUAGACAUGCUGGGUAUCACUGCUCUCAUCAACGUAUCAGCUAACUGCCCCAACCACUUUGAAGAGUCCUUCCAGUACAAGAGUAUCCCCGUAGAGGACAACCACAAGGCUGAUAUCUCCUCCUGGUUCAAUGAGGCGAUAGAGUUUAUCGACUCCAUCCGUAAUAAAGGCGGUCGUGUGUUUGUCCACUGCCAAGCCGGCAUCUCCCGCUCCGCCACCAUCUGUCUGGCCUACCUGAUGAGGACCAACCGCGUGAAGCUGGACGAGGCCUUUGAGUUCGUCAAGCAACGCCGCAGCAUCAUCAGUCCUAACUUCAGCUUCAUGGGCCAACUGCUACGGUUUGAGUCCCAGGUCCUGGCUACUUCAUCCUGCUCGUCGGAAGCCGGGAGUCCUGCCCUGGGGAAGAGCAGUACGGUCUUUAACUUCCCCGUGUCUAUCCCCGUCCACGGCUCUGCUGGACACGGACAGCUCUCCUUCCUCCACAGCCCCAUCACCACCUCACCAAGCUGCUAGGGGGAAGAGUAGGAUCAGAUGGAGGGCUGUCUGUCUUAGCCUGGACUUGAACUGAACUGUCACUAUUGGUGUCGAGUCGUUGGGAAUGUACUGUCACAAUACUAGUACUGUACUGUAACAAUACUAGUACUGUACUGUCACAAUACUAGUACUGUACUGUCACAAUACUAGUACUGUACUGUCACAAUACUAGUACUGUACUGUCACAAUACUAGUACUGUACUGUCACAAUGCUAGUACUGUACUGUCACAAUACUAGUACUAUACUGUCACAAUACUAGUACUAUACUGUCACAAUACUAGUACUGUACUGUCACAAUACUAGUACUGUACUGUAACAAUACUAGUAGUGUCAAUACUAGUAGUGUACUGUAACAAUACUAGUACUGUACUGUAACAAUACUAGUAGUGUACUGUAACAAUACUAGUAGUGACAAUACUAGUACUGUACUGUAACAAUACUAGUAGUGACAAUACUAGUAGUGUACUGUAACAAUACUAGUAGUGUACUGUAACAAUACUAGUAGUGUACUGUCAGUAUCACUCAACUACAGGUGAUUAAUCAUUGAGUUUUGAAUAGACAUUGAGCUCUAGAACUGAUGGAAUCCUCAUUGUUGCCCUUCCUGGUGUAAAGGUCAUAAAGAAGUGAUCUUGGCAUCACAGGUCUAAAGGGCUCACUUUUGGAGAGACGAACCAAGUGGCCUAGUUUAUGGGUUCAAUCCACAGGUCUGCCCUAUCGCCUUAAAAUGAGUUUCUCUGGCUACCAAUAUGACAGUAUGGUUAUCACAGCAUCCUCUUCUGAAGGAGAAUGACACCCACAGAUCUGCCUAGAAUACCUCAACUUCUAGGAAGAGACAGAGAGGUCAAUGGCUGAAGGUGACUGGGGGAAAAGGGUCAAUUCUUUAAAGGAAGUUUAGAAGUAUUUUAAUGAGAUUGAAGAGAAGAAGUUGUAGUCAAAGAACUUUGUCAAAGUCGUUUAAUGAGAGUGGUCAGCUUUUCAUAAUCACAAUAACAACAUGUACCUGCCACAACUCUACUCAAAAUGGGCAAGUAAACCCUCCUUUGGUCACUCACAGACAGUCAUAUUUAUCGCUACCAACCAGACUCUCGGGAAUCAUGAAUUACUUUCAAUGUCCCACAGCUUUGUUCACACAGAAACGAGCUGUCAACCUUGAGAGAAUCCCGCUAAUGCCUCGGCAAACGACGCAGGAUAAAUCACUCCUCAGGCUCUUUAUUGUUGACGAACAAUGAAUGUAUGUAUCUCUGAUCUCUGGCCAAUCGGCCAGCUCGGAGAGCGGCAGAAGGUUUAGUUUAAAGUGGAUGGGAAAGCCCUAUUCACAUGCAAAUGUAUGCCUUUUAUAAAACGCCGUAAGACCCUGACGAUCCCGACAAUAUUGGGGGAACCAACCAACCAACCACCAGAUACCUCUGAAACACCACCAUGCCUUUGUAGUGCUAGCAGCUGUUAGCUAACACUAGCUCUGUUAGCAUCAUGCUAGCUCUGUUAGCAUCAUGUACCGUUCGCAUGUUAGCUCUGUUAGCAUCAUGCUAGCUCUGUUGGCAUCUUGUACUGUUAGUAUCAUUAGCAUGCUAGCUCUGUUAGCAUCUUCUACAAUUAACAUCUCUGGGAGAGAGUCAGAACCCCAAAGCACUAAGACGGGGUAUCAGGCUCACCAGAGACUGCUGUCUGUCAUUACCUAUGUGAUAUUUAUUGAACGAAAGUAAUAUAUUUCUUACCAUAUAUAUUUUUGCAUAUGUUUGUUAGUAGUUGUUUUUGAUACCAUUAAAUAAAUCCUAUUUGUCUUUUGUG